AUGGUGUCCCACUCAGAGUUGAGGAAACUCUUCUGCUCGGCCGAUGCAGUGUGCUUCGACGUGGACAGCACGGUCAUCAGAGAAGAAGGAAUCGACGAGCUGGCCAAGAUCUGCGGCGUGGCGGGCGCCGUGUCAGAGAUGACCAAGCGAGCCAUGGGCGGGGCCGUGCCCUUCAGGGCCGCUCUCUCCGAGCGCCUAGCGCUGAUCCAGCCCUCCAGGGAGCAGGUGCAGAGGCUCAUCGCCGAGCACCCCCCCCACCUGACCCCGGGCAUACGGGAGCUCGUCAGUCGCCUACAGGAGCGCAACGUUCAGGUUUUCCUAAUAUCCGGCGGCUUUCGGAGCAUCGUAGAGCACGUUGCUUCAAAGCUUAAUAUCCCAUCGACCAAUGUGUUUGCCAAUAGGCUGAAGUUCUACUUUAAUGGUGAAUAUGCAGGUUUUGAUGAGACGCAGCCAACAGCUGAAUCUGGCGGGAAAGGAAAAGUUAUUAAACUUCUAAAGGAAAAAUUUCACUUUAAGAGAAUAGUCAUGAUCGGAGACGGCGCCACGGACCUGGAAGCCUGUCCUCCUGCGGAUGUUUUCAUUGGCUUUGGAGGAAACGUGAUCAGGCAACAAGUAAAGGAAAACGCCAAAUGGUACAUCACUGAUUUUGUAGAACUUCUGGGAGAACUGGAAGAAUAA